AUGCGAUUACGUCAAAACCUGAAACCGCUUCGAAAAAGCGCGGGAAGUUCGCGUAACUCGAGUUUUUCCGGAUUAACCAUCAACGAAUUGCCGGAUGAUGUGAUUUUGAUGGUUUUUUCGUUUUUGUCGCCCAAAUAUUUGGCACAAGCUGGAGGGUUGGUUUUUGAAAAAAUCGAUAAUUUAAUAGACCUCAAGUUCCCUUUUUAGAACCUGCCCACGUUGGUAUAAUCUGAGCAAUCAUCCGAUUUUGUGGAAGGAUGUGUAUUUUAUUGCGUCGGAUCGAUUGGCGCUUCGACAAUUGGCAAUGUUUGCGUCAAGUCGAGUUGCGCAGCUUGUUGAAAGCUUGACGUGGGUUUUUGAGGGGGGGUCUAUAGGGGCUGCUGCUUGAGAAAUAGGGUUUCUAGGCGUCACUCCCUGACAGCGUGUAUUUCAAGGAGCUGAUUUUUGAGAAAUAGACUCUCUAGGCUUGGAUAUUUGGUUUUUAAAAUUUCAAGGCGCGAGUCCUUGACAGCGUGUAUUUCAAGACGCGACUGCUUGGCAUAGAAGUUCUGCUGCUUGAAAAUCGAAUUUUCUAGGCGCAGCUGCUUUAGAAACAGUUUCUCUAGGCUUGGAUUCUUGGCAAUUGAAUUUUCUAGGAGCUGAUGCUUGUAAACCGAAUUUUCUGGGCGCAGCUGCUUGAGAAGUAGACUCUAUAGCCGCGGUUACUUGAGAAACAGUCUCUCAAGGCGCUGCUGCUUGAGAAGUGGGAUCUCUAGGCGCGACUACUUGACAUAAAAGUUCUCUAGACGCUGAUCCUUGAUCAUUGCAUUUUCUAGGCGUGGCUACUUGACACUUCUAUUCUAUAGGCGCUACUGUUUGAGAAGUAGGCUGUCUAGGCGAGGCUAUUUGAAAACUAGAAUUUCUAGGCGCGGCUCCUUGACUCGUCGAUUGUCUAGGCGAGGCUCCUUGACGAUUGAAUUCUCUAGGCGCGGCUGCUUGACAGCGUGUGUAUCAAGGAGCUGCUGCUUGAGAAACAUACUCUCUAGGCGUGACUCCUUGAGAAACAUGCUCUCUAGACGCUGAUCCUUGAAAAUCGAAUUUUCUAGGCGCGGCUGCUUGAGAAGUAGACUCUAUAGCCGCGGUUACUUGAGAAACAGUCUCUCAAGGCGCUGCUGCUUGAGAAGUGGGAUCUCUAGGCGCGGUACCUUGACAUAAAAGUUCUCUAGACGCUGAUCCUUGAUCAUUGCAUUUUCUAGGCGUGGCUACUUGACACUUCUAUUCUAUAGGCGCUACUGUUUGAGAAGUAGGCUGUCUAGGCGAGGCUAUUUGAAAACUAGAAUUUCUAGGCGCGGCUCCUUGACUCGUCGAUUGUCUAGGCGAGGCUCCUUGACGAUUGAAUUCUCUAGGCGCGGCUGCUUGACAGCGUGUGUAUCAAGGAGCUGCUGCUUGAGAAACAUACUCUCUAGGCGUGACUCCUUGAGAAACAUGCUCUCUAGACGCUGAUCCUUGAAAAUCGAAUUUUCUAGGCGCGGCUGCUUGAGAAAUAGACUUUCUAAGCUUGGAUACUUGGCUUAUAAACUUUCAAGGCGCAGGUCCUAGACUAUAAGGUUAUUUAGGCCCUGAUCCUUAACAUUUCGAUUCUCUAAACGCGACUGCUUGAGAACUAUACCCUCAAGGCGCGGCUCCUAGACAACCAAAAAAUCCCCAUAUUUUCAGCCUAGAAGGAUAUAUAAUCCGAAGUUCCUCAACAGCACAAAAAUCAACAAAUGUUCUCUCAAAACCGGUUUUGGAGAAAAUCUCAAGAAAUUUGGUGAAUUUGACAAGUUUACGAGUGGAAAAUGCGAAUAUUUCAAAUGUCAAUUUGUCAAUGUUUCCUAGAAGGUUAGUCUGGAUUUUCAGAUUUUUUUUAGAAAAUAAUUUCUGAAAUUAAUUUCAGACUGGAGCAUUUGUCAAUUUAUUCCUGCAUAAUCGAUGAAAAAUUCGCGAGUUCUGAAAAUUCGAACAAAAAUCGAUUUUGUUCGCGAUUUUUUCGCAAUUUGAAAUCUCUCGACUUCGCCUAUGUUCAUAAAUUGGAUGGAAAAUUGUCGGAUUCGAUUCGAAAUUUUACUGUAAGCCUAAAAUACCUUGAAAUUUAAAAUCUUUUAAUUUUCAGUGGCUCGAAGAGCUCGAUGUAACUCACUGUGUUCGCCUGACUAAAAAGGAGCUACUAAUUUGGGCAAAAAAUAUGCAGAAUUUAAGAAUUUUGAAUAUUUCCGAAUUGAGAAUCGUGGAUGAUGAGGUGUUUUUAGCGUUUGCAAGAUUGAGAAGGUUCGGUUUGGUUUUAAAUUUGAAUUUUUUUAAAUAAAAUUAUCUUCCAGAUUAAUGCAAUUCUAUGUUUCCUACACCAAAAUCACGAAUUUCGCCAUUGAAAAAAUGUGCAAAUCGGAUAAUCGACCGAAAUUUUUGCGUGUUUUUGAUAUUCGAGGAUGUGUCAAUGUGACUGGCGAAGUUGUGGCGAUUUUGAGGAAAUAUUUGAGGUUAGGAAGAAACUUUUGACUUUUUUCAAAAUCUAAUGUUUUACACGUGGAAUUUUCCCCAGUUUUUCUCAUAAAACCCCAAAAAAAUCACCUUUUUCCCAGCCUCGAUCAAUUAUUCAUCCAUCGAAAUAUGCUCGGUUUUUGCGAAGCUCGAAAUUCCCCGCUAUUAUCUCCACACGAUACAAAUUUCGAAAUUUUGGACGAAAUCGAUACGGGAAGUGUGGUUUUGCCGUAUUUCUUGGAACGCAUUCAACAAAUCAGAGAUCUCAAUUUCUAUUAA